ACUCAGUCCCCUUGCUCUAUCCGAUUGAUGUGCUUGUUUGAUAGGUUGCUUUGGUCUUACUUGUUUUUCUCAGUUUUCCCGCGUUGAAUUUGACGGCGCGAGUUCUUGACAACAUAAGGCAGACUGCGGAUUCUUUGGAGUAGACAAUGCAGUUCACAAGGACUAGGAAUCUUCGGCAUACCACCCGGCUAACUGGCGAUCGAAAGGGUGAACAGUAUCCCUACAAUUUACAGUUUUACCAGAAUCCGCCAACCGAAAAUAUAUCUCUCAUUGAGUUUGAAACAUUUGCCAUCGAAAGACUUAAACUUCUGAAGAUGAUAGAGAAUCUUGGUGUGAGCUUUGUCAAGUGCAGUACCGAGUACAAUUGCAGGCUGGAGAGUGAACUUAGAAAACUCAAGUUUCCUUACAGACCGUUACAAGAUGAGAUCAACGAUGAUGUGUAUGAUCAGCGGCGGAAAGAUCAUAUCUCUCAUUUUAUCCUCCGUCUUGCAUAUUGCCAGUCAGAGGACUUGAGACGCUGGUUUAUACAACAAGAAAUGGACCUGUUUAAGUUUCGCUUCAGCUUGUUGACUAAAGAGAAGAUCCAGGAGUUUCUGAAGUUUAAUGAUUUGGAAUAUGUUGCUAUCAGCGAAGAUGAGAAGAAUAUGCAUAAAGAAGAUCUGUUGAAUUCAAGUUAUGGGUUGAGUCUAACAAAAUUGGAAGAAAAUGAAUUUUACAAGGUCCCGUUUCAAGCUGCUCUUGAUUUGGUACGGCCGAGGAAGGUGUUCCUUUCGCAGGGUUUUGCAUACAUUCCACACAAAGAUAUCGUUAUCAUCAUUCUGAAUGACUUCCGAGCAAAGCUGUCCAAGGCUUUGGCACUGUCAGCUCGUUCCCUGCCUGUUGUACAGUCUGACGAGAGGCUGCAGCCAUUACUUAAUCAUCUGAGCCAUUCUUAUAUUGGGCAAGACUUUAGCUCCCAGAGAAACACUGGCAAAAUUUCACUUGAGCAAAUUGAUGCUCUUGCAAGCAAGUCAUUUCCACUCUGCAUGCGCCAGCUUCACAAGUCUUUGCGAGAUAAUCACCACUUGCGUCAUGGUGGACGUAUGCAGUAUGGCCUUUUCCUAAAAGGUAUUGGAUUAACAUUAGAACAGGCCUUACAAUUUUGGAAGCUAGAAUUCACCAAAGGAAAAGUUGACUCAGAAAAGUUUGACAAGCUAUAUGGUUAUUCUAUCCGCCAUAAUUAUGGCAAGGAAGGCAAGAGGACGGACUAUACACCGUACAGUUGUAUGAAGAUUAUUGUGUCUAACCCCCCAAGUCAAGGAGACUACCAUGGUUGUCCUUUUAGGCACAGCGAUCCUGAGCUACUUAAACAGAAGCUACAGUCAUUCAAAGUUCCUUCCACAGGCAUAAAUCAGAUUUUGGAGUUGGUGAAGGGCAUGCAUUUCCAGCUGGCUUGUCAGAAAUACUUUGAGCUGACACACAAUAUUGACGAUUGUGGGUUUUCUCUGAAUCAUCCUAAUCAGUACUUUGCUGAAAGCCAGCGAGUACUCACUGGGACGCGUGAGGUGAAAAAAGAACCAACACCAAUGGAAAAUGCCAGCCAGGUAUCUUUCAACUCAUCUUCGAGUGCACCAACCACAAACACACAAACAGAUGAAAUGGAAGAUCUGGAACAGAUCUUUAGUGAAUAUUGAUCUAUGCUUGAAGCUAAUGCUUGACCAUCUUUAUCGAUGGAGUAUGCUGUACUACAAAGAUGUUAAAAACCCCUUUAGGCUUAUGUUGAAAUAUAAAAAUAUAUCACUAAAAUAUCUUUUCAUUAAAUUUAUGUCUCAAGGCGCGACUCCUAGAUUUGUAUCGUUUGUAUCAGGUUUCAAAAUGUAUUUUUUUUUGUAUGUUAUAUUGUUUGAAUAAAAUCCUUUGUGUCCAAA